UGUACAAAUGUUCAGUUAAUCAGUCAACGUUCGUAUUGUUUUCGUACUCAUCUAGCUUUAAAUUUGGCGCAUUUCUCAGAUGCGCGGAUUUAGCGUGGAGGUGGCGGCUUGGCUGACUUCAGGGUUACAUUGUUCGCCUCAGCAGCGUUUGUGGCGGCUUACCCCUUUGUAAUAGUUCUGAUUGGUUGAAAAUUUCAAACCAUAAUGGUUCAAACAUAACGCUCAGUGUUUUAACGGUUUUGCGAAGCUACUUGUCCCUGGUUCAAUUUAUAUGUUGAAACAACACUACAGAUUGGAUGAAAAUUUGAGAUGGAGGAUACCCUGGCAUCGAUCAGGCCAUCCAUCAACCAAAGUUGUGAAUUGGAACAGUCGUUUGUCAAUGGAAGGGACCCGAGCAUCUUGGCCUUUGGGCAGUUCAAGAUUCCCGCAGAGAAUUCCAAGCGGAAUCUUGUGUCUCUCUUUGAGGAUGAAGAACUUGAAUCGUCUGGGAAAUGCUCAUCUAUAGCUUCGCUCCAAAGUUUGCCUCAAACAAUUAAAGUAUAUUUAAGGAUGCGGCCAUUCCCCCCAAAGAUGAAACUUACCGAGGAGCAACAACGAGCCUAUAUACUUUUGAAUUCGACUACCUUGCUGACUAAAAUUCCUGUCAUAGACUCCAAUGCUAGUGCACUUAGAAAACCUAAAGGCAACGAAACUGUGUCAAGAAAGUUUACCUUUACUUCUACAUUUGGUCCAGAAACAACACAGCUGCAGCUUUUUGAAUCAGCAAUAAAACAGCAGAUGGUAGAUUUUCUCAGUGGGCAAAGUGGAACUGUGAUGAGCUAUGGUACAACCAAUGCAGGUAAAUCUUACACUCUACAAGGAAAUACUUCUUCCCCAGGAAUAAUUCCUCGAGCCUUGGAAUUUGUCUUCAGUAAUUUAAGUCCAAGAUCAACGCCUUGCUACAAACCACUAUAUAAUACAGAAGUUGUCAGUCUAAACGCAAACGACCGAGCAUAUGAAAUGGAGUUGAAAACGAAACUCCUGUCCUUUGGCUCAGUGGAUAAGAACCAAUACAUUCAAGCUUACAGAAGUAUGCAGCAACUUCUACAGGAUGAGUCGCCAUUGCGCACCAGCGAUACCAGCAAUGCCAGUUAUUCAGUUUGGGUCUCAUUUGCUGAGAUAUAUAACGAAAGUAUUUAUGAUCUACUGUCAAAUGACUGCCAAGAAAAAAAAAUAUCUCUAAAACUGGCAACAGAUAGAAGCGGCAAAGCCUACAUUAAAGGCCUAAAAAUGGUCUGUGUUAAUUCAGGCUCAGAAGCUUACCAGCUGCUGAUGGUUGGACAGUACAAUUUGAAAGUGGCUGCCACUGCUUUGAAUGCACGAAGCUCUCGGUCUCAUUGCAUUUUCACUAUUAAAUUGCUUAAAUAUCAUAAAGAAAAUUCACCCACCAAUGUAGAAGUCAGCACGUUCUCAUUCUGCGAUCUGGCAGGUUCAGAGCGACUAAAAAAGACAUUAAAUGCAGGGGAUCGUUUGAAAGAGGCUCAAAAUAUAAACACUAGUCUUUUAGUCCUAGGGAGGUGUUUGAAAUCUAUUUUUCAAGGACAGUCGAUGAAUCUGAAACAAGGGCUAGUAGGUCCAUUCAGAGAGUCAAAACUCACAAGACUAUUUCAAUGCGCUUUGUCAGGAAAAGAGCAUAUCGCCUUAAUCGUGAAUGUUAAUCCCGUUCCUAAUUUGUACGUCGAAACUCAGAACGUUCUAAACUUUUCUGCAAUCGCCAAACACAUAAUUGUAGAACCAGUAACCCGUGUUAAAAGGAAAGCUUCGACAUCUCGAUUCUCCCUGAUGGUAUCGCAAAGUAUAAAGACUGUUACUGACUGGGAUGUCACGGAUUUAGAAAGUAUAGCCUCGCAAGAGAGUUCUGUCGACGUAGAUCAGGCUGAAUAUAUCUAUGCCGAAGACUAUGAUGAACUCGUGAGAGAGAAUGAGGAGUUGAAGAAAGAAAUAGUAAAGCUGAAAAGUUCGGCUCUAACAUCAGACUUCAAGAUCCGGCAAGAACUCUCAAAAGUCUAUACCACAAUGAUGAACGACCUUGAGACCAACUUCAAGAACCGAUUACAAGAUGUAGAAGAACAGCAAGAAGACAUGCUCGAAUGGUCGGUCCAGCAAGUGGAGAAUUAUUAUAAAGAAAAAUUGAACAAUUUGGUUAAAAAAAAACGAAGCUGCAAUGAUUCCGAUGAUGAACUAGAUUCCGAAUUGAAUUUAGAAGAACUUGAAGCCGAGAAUGUUCAACUCGUAGCCAAAGUUGAAUCUUUGAAAAAGUCCUUGAAGGAAGUUCGUGAAUCCAAUGAAAAACUUAUCAUUGAAAAUAACCAUAAUGCCUCAAAACUUUCUCUGGUACAAAAAGAUUUAACAAAUUACAAAAACCUUCUAAUCGCUGCUCAGAACGAUAUCGGUUGUGGAGAGGGACCAGCGCAGAUCGUUGAAGAGCUCAAUAAACAGUUAUCAACUCGGGAUGAUCAGAUCAAGUUGUUGAAAAAAUAUUUGAACGAAGCAAAAGCCGAGUGGCUGCAAGCAACUGCAGUUGAAUCAAAACUAGAGGAAUCUUUGAAGAAGAAAGAUCAAGAACUGAUUGAGGCAUCGGAAACGAUAUCUGACCUUUCCGAUCAAAUAGAGCAUACUAAUUUAUGUUUGGCCGAAAGCACAAAGACUGUCGAAAACCUCGAGGACAAGCUCGAAGUUUGUGCCAAGCAGUUGGCCUUUGCCGAAGAAAAGGCACAAACCUACGAAGACAAGUGGAGCAAGGCAGCUGCUAAUAAUUUGGUGCUGCUCAACGAGAAUGCAGAACUGAAAAAACUGUUGGAUGAAAGAUUGGCUGCAGCCAAAGAUGUUCAGUUGGAUGUUCCUGCUGUUGAAUCGACUGAAACGCAAAACUUAGUCACCGUCAAAACAGAAAUUCUUGACAGCGAACACGAUUUUGUGCUGAAUAAUGAUAAGACAGAAGACGACGCACUCUCAGGUACGAUUGCAAGCAACGAAGUGGGACCUAGCAGCAAUACUAAUGAAAAGUCUGAUGACGAAAUAGUCAGGGAAAAACCAACACAACUAAAAACAAAACACAAUGAUCUCAAAGCGCAGUAUUUAUCGGAAACCUUGCAAGAAAAGAAACUAAAUGAAAAAUUAAGCGAUGCAGAGCAGCGAUUGCAUUUGUUACACGCUUCUCUAGAAGCCAGCGAACGGGAGAAUAUCGAGUGUAAAAAAUCUUUAAGUCUGGUUGAAAACGAGCUGCAAAGCUUCAUGGAAAAAGUUAUAGAUGCUACGAAGCAGUUGGAAGAAUUGAAACAGGCAAAUACUGCUUUGUCAGAAAAAGUAACACUAGAUGAAAAUAAGAUUGAAGAACUACAAAACUAUUGCCGAGAAAAAGAUACCAAGGAUAAAGAAUACUCGCAGGCAUUGCAAGAAAGAGCAGUUAAAAUUAAUUUGUUAGAAAAUGAGUUAUCUGAGACAGUCAAGAAGUUACAGAAUAUAUCGGCAGAGUGCUCCCUGGGACACAAAAAUCACAUAAAAAAAUUGGAACAAGAUCUUUCCAUUGCCGAAGAAAGAUACGACAUUCAGGUCCAGCUUUUGGAAGCGCAUAUUCUGAGGAUUCAAAAACUCGAGGACAACCUUUCGGAAAUGGAAGAUUUAAAGAAAAAAGUCGCUGCACUUGGCGAUCAAUUAAAAAUAUGUGAAGCGGAGAAAGCGGAUUUAUUAGUACAACUAGAUGAAUACGGCUCGAAAUUAAUGACUUUGGAGAGUGAAUUACAAGCAUCGAUUAGCCGCGAAAAAGAUAAAGAAAAUGAAAUAAUAUUGCUGCAAAAAGAAAUGAAAGGCUUGAUCCGAUCGAACUCACGUGAUUCAGAAAUGGAAAAGGAGUUGAAAACUGCAUUGCGAGAAUUAGCCAAGACUCAAGAUGCUCUUGCCCAGUCCGAAGUGGCUCUAAAAAGUUUGGAAAAAAUAUCCAAAGCAAAGAUAGAAAGAUUGGAGAUGCAGGUGGCGACUUUUGAACAAAACGCAACUUAUCUAGCUCUGCUACAGGAGGGUGCGGAGAGUAGGCAAGCUGAUAACGAACGGCUAAGAGUGACUAUUGACGAAAUGAAGCAAAAGCUUGAACAACAAGAGCGGGAGAUGGAAGCUUUCAGUAAAAACAGAGACGAAACUAUUCAGCGAUAUGAGGCAUUGGUAAAACAACUUCAAGAAGAUGGGGUCAGAAAUAAAAGAGAGGUGGCGAGGUUCCAGGAACUGUUUUUAAGACAAUCAACACCGACUCCGCAUAAAGAGGAGAUUAGAAAAUUAAAAGAAGACCUUAGGGCUAAGACCAGUCUCCUCGAGCAAAUGCAGGACAAAUUGAAGAAGUCCGAUUCGAUGAAGGAAAAUGAAGAAACCAUGCCCGAUACAUCGGAUGAUGAUGAAACAGAGUAUGCUGUGCGCUCGUCACGAAGAAAAGGGAGAAACAAUGUGCUCACUGUCGCUACUGAUAAUAUACCGGUUAUUGAAUUGUCUGGCUCAGAGUCUAAGAGAGUAACCAGACGCACGGCUCUACCACCACCAGCGACAAUCCCUUCGACGGAAAAGCGAAAGACAAGAAAAAAGAAGCUCUUCGCACCAAAUGAGGAUGCCGUUGUAGAUGUUGAACCGACUGAGUUCCAGCAUACACCUAAACCCAAGAGAUCUCCGUUAUCGACAGCAAGAAGCUUGAGGAAACGAAAAAAAUAAUUAUCACGUACUACAUUUAGAAUAUAUUGAGUUUUUUUGGAGUCUCAUAAUCGUUUCUGUACAGUGUAAAUAAAAAAUUGUAUCUUUUUUUUUUAAA